AUGGUCAAGUUUUACCUCAAAAUGAAAGCUGAGCUUUCUGGUGUCACGGCUCUUGAACCCGUGGACACGCCAGAGUCUCACUUCGAGUACACGUUCCGCAUCGAGUGCACGAAGUGUCGAGAAGUUCACGAUAAGCCAGUAACGAUCAACAGGUUCGAAAAGCAUGACAUCAGCGGAUCUCGUGGAGAAGCAAGCUUCGUGUUUAGGUGCAAAUCUUGUAAACACGAGCAUCUGGCGCUGAUUGAAAGAACAAAAGACAGUGUGGAGGCCGCAAAUAGCAAUAAGUGGACGAACUUGCUUGAGAUCGAUGCUCGAGGCAUUGACUUUGUAGAGUUCAUUCCCGAGGGCCAGUGGCACUGUGUGGGAGAGGAGCUGGGGACGAAGUUUGAGGAGGUCGAUUUGGAAGACAAGGAAUGGUAUGACUAUGACGAUAAGCAAGGGGAAGAGGUGAGUGUAACGGAUGUGGCCUUCGACAUCCAGAGGGUAUAA